AUGAGUGGUUCCGGAGGCUAUUACAAGUACCGGUGCAAGUACUUUUUUACACACAACUGCCCGCAUUGGGUCUGGGUGCACAAUGCGCCAUGUGCUCAUUGUCUUGCGGAUGGCCGAGAUUUAGAAGUUGUCAUUGUGCGAAACCCAUUUCGUCUCUCCCGAGAGAUACGUGUACCCCAACUCGAGAACGGCGCCCUCCAGUAUAUCAUCAUGAAUAUUGCCGCCACCUGUGAUGCAGAUAGCGGAUGGUCUGUGAGGGACCACCCAAUUCACUCUUUGCCCGCAACGACGGGCCCAUCAGUUGUAGGCUAUACAGCUUCCGACGGACUUGAUUACCAGAAGCAUUCCAAGAAUGGAAUGAGAAUGCAGAGCGACGGGAUAGGUUGGGCUAUAAGGAGCUCCAAUUUUGAUUAG